AUGUUGUCCCAGGUGUCUGUAACAUUCUGGCCUGUCUUUGCUGCAGUCCUGSUCUUCAGCAGCCACCCUCUGGAUUUGGCAACUGCCUCAGAACAGCCUCUCAACAACACGCAGAAGCAGAGUAAGAGCUCGUCAUCCCUUACUUGGCAGGCUCCUACCCAGAUUUCAGACAACUGGCCAGGAUAUAGUCUGGAUUUGUUCACUUACCCUCAGCACUACUAUGGAGAUCUGGAAUAUGUCCUCAUUCCUCAUGGCAUUAUUGUUGACAGGACAGAGCGAUUGGCCAAAGAUAUURUGCAGGACAUUGGAGACAACGAUAUUGUGGUUCUCUGUGUACUCAAAGGUGGCUACAAGUUCUGUGCUGACCUUGUGGAGCACAUUAAAAACCUGAGCAGAAAUUCAGAAAGGUUCAUCUCCAUGAAAGUCGAUUUUGUGAGACUGAAAAGUUACCACAAUGAUCAGUCUAUGCAAGAUAUGCAGAUGAUAGGAGGAGAUGAUCUUUCGAAGCUGACUGGAAAGAAUGUUCUAAUUGUGGAGGAUAUUGUUGGAACUGGAAGAACUAUGAAGGUUCUGCUUAAUAACAUUGAAAAAUACAAGCCCAAAAUGAUUAAAGUAGCCAGUUUGCUGGUGAAAAGAACAUCUCGGCCUGAUGGGUACAGACCAGAUUACUAUGGAUUUGAAAUUCCCAAUUUAUUUGUGGUAGGUUAUGCCUUAGACUACAACGAGCACUUCAGAGAUCUAAAUCACAUAUGUGUUAUCAAUGAACAUGGCAAAGCAAAAUACAGAGUCUAACAUCGUAACGUCCUCACCUGAAGAUGUGUGAAUUCGGUGAACAACAAUUUUGGCUCCACUCCCUCGUGCAUCUCUUAGAAGAAGAGCAGCUCAACUGAGCUGCGUUUCCUCCGGCGCCGUAAAGGAAGGGGAAUAAGGACUCUAGCACACACGGUGUAUAUACAGAAGUGAAUGUUCCCAUCUAAAAUGUGAAGCGGAGGGCUUUUAAAGGUAUUACUUUUUUAAACUACAAAAAUCACACUAUAAUAUGCCUUGCAACUCAUCAUUUGUCUGUCUCGAGUCUCAGUGCAAAUACAUCUUUGCUUCGUUCAGUCCAUCAUUCUAACUCGGUCCCUGUUACAAUUAAUGCACUUUGCUGUGCUGCAUUACACUGCUCAGAAGUGCCAUUCAGUGUCUUAAGUUUGGCCUUAUUUUACAGAAUUUUGACUUCCUUGUCACUUUAGACGCAGUCAAAUUUGCUGCUGCUAAACUGAAGACAUUAUUGUGAUUUAAUUGUUCAAUUAGAGGGUUUCUGCUGAAGUGGCAGGUUGGACAGGAGAACCUUUCUGGCCGGCCGUUCCUGCCUGUCCCAAACAGCAGUUUUGACGCUCCGAGAGCACUGACGGAGACUGCGGWUGCGGAGGGAGCUUCACAGAAGGGAGCCCCUCGUGACGUGGCCCUCGGAGAUGUGCUGCAGGCCCUGGGCUGCCCAGCUGGGCCUCACGUGCUGCAUUUCAAUCAGGAGGAACACAAUAGCAGGCAGGCUCCUUCGCUUUCUAGAGCACACAAACAAGUCCAAAAAUUAACAUAAUGUUCCCCUGUGCAUAUUUCCUUAAUUAAACCAGCUAGGCACAAAAGCUUAAUGAUAGUCAGACAGUUAUUCAAUUAUAAUCUGAUUUUCUUCAGACGUUGGAGAUGAGAUUUUUUGCAACCAUUUUUCUCAUUUAGGAGAACAGAUCUAUCAAUGUUGGAGAAGACUGGUAUAAAAAGAAGUUUAAAUGUGCAUAGCAAAUGAUAGAAAACUAGUUAACACACGAGUAUUGUAGACUCUAGAGAUUCCUUCCUUUCCGUAUCCAUUGUGUUUGAAGAACUUUGUUAAUUUGCCAGCGAUCUUAAUUUUGAAAAUUCCAGUUCUGUACUAUAUGCAAGUGAUCACAACAACUUCCAGAGGGAAGCAAAUGCUGAGUGAGAAGCAAAAAGUGAGUAGCUCUAACAUCCAUAGCUGUGUUCUGAACUAAGAGGCCUGUUGUUCUUUGGCUUCAGCUUUCUUUAAACUAAUAAAGAAACAGUGAGAACACUUGCUGCAUUGCACAGUUGUUUAUAAUUAUUUUCCUGCUUCAUCAUAUUUUGCACAUCCUGUAAAAGCUCUUUAAAAAUAUGCAUCCAACUGGUAGUCUAAACAUACCUUAUGUAUGCAUCCUGUGGCUCAUAAGCUAUUUUUAUUUGGAUAAAUUCCAUUACGUUAACGGCAUGAAAUAGAAUUAUCGUGAUUCCUCUAUUAAUUUUUUUAGUCUUUCUUUAUUCUUUUAGCCUAUAC